CUCUCGUCUUUGUCGCCGUCCUCUUCGUCCUCCUCUUCCUCAUCUUUCUCCUUCAGUUCCUCCUCAUCCACCUCUAAUCUCCUUGCUCCUCCUCCCCCUCCCGGGUGGGCGCGAGUCUUGAGGAGCUGAAGCCAAAAACGUUUAAGCGAGGGAAGACGUUUUCUGGAGGCGGCCUGAGCUGGGAGCCUCACCGCGGCCGCCACACGGAGGGACCUUCAACACACGAGCGGGCGGCGGCGGUGAUGGGGGGAUGGGGGCGGCGCGGCAGGGCACGGGGCAGCGGCGUAAAUUGAGCUGUAAGACUUUGACGAGGAUUAAGUGCCGAGAAGUGAGUUUGGUGGCGGCGUGCGGCAUCACGGCGACCGAGGCCCCACGCGGUCUGCGGGUCUGGCAGUGUCCCCCGCGCGGGCACGCUGAGAGAGUGUGUGUGUGCCGCGCCGCGUCCAUUCCCGCGACACACUGCCCAGCGCGUGUGUGUGCGUGCGUGUGUGAGUGUCGCGCGAUUGUCCAGUGUGGCGGAGGCUGCGGUGUGAGAACCCGGUGGAGACCACGCCGCGCCGUGCGAUCUGUCGGAGUGUGGAGAGAGUAAACUUUUGACACAACUAAUCUUUCACCACCACCACCACCACCACCACCACCACCACCACCACCACCUGAGGCGCCACUUCGCAUAUAUAAAAAAAGAAGAAAAAAAUUGAAAAAAGAAAGUAAAGAAAAGUAAUAUGCGUUUAAGAAGUCUACUCAUCUUGUUUGGCGUGUGGUGUGGCGCGGGCGUGCGGGCGGCCGAGGGGGAAGGGUGGCUGCGCGCUCCUGUGCUUGUGCUGGAGCCACCCUCACACGCCUUCCUCACCAACACCACGGGCACCACCCUGCGCUGCGCCGCCCUCGGGAACCCCGCGCCUUCCCUCACCUGGGUGGACGCCGCUGGACGCCCACUGCAACCACAGCCAGGCCUCAGAGAGGUGCUGAGUGAUGGCUCCCUGUGGCUCUCCCCUGCGACCCGAGGCUCGGCCCACGCUCCCCACGCCUCCUACCGCUGCAGAGCCACCAACCCCUCGGGCACCGUCACCAGCAGACUGGCCACCGUGUCUACAGUGGUGACGGCUGGCGUGGCGGUGCGGGUGGAGGCGUGGCGGGCGGCCGUGGGUGGCGUGGGCGUGCUGCGGUGCGUAGUGGACGAGGGCGGGUGGGCGGUUGCUGCCUGGCUCCGGCGUGAUCCUGCUGCCGGCACCCCCCUACCCCUCCCUGACGCCGGACGGUACGUGUACGGAUCCGGGGGUCGUCUGUAUGUUCAAGAUGUGACCCUGGAAGACGGACAGGCGGCCUUCCAGUGUCAAGUGAGGCACCCCGCCAGCCUCGCCGCCCUCACCAGCCCUCCCGCCACCCUCACGGUCAUGGCGCCGUCAGCGAGAGAUGGCGCCCCCAGGAUGGCUGAGAAGCUGCCGCGCAUGGUGGAGGUGCUGGAGGGAAAGCCGUGGACUCUGCCCUGCCUCGCCCACGGUCACCCGCCCCCGCAUUACAGCUGGACUCGAGAGGGCGUGGUCGGCGAACUGGGCAGCGUGGGCGGAGGCAGCGGCGGGCGUGUGUGGGUGCGCGGCUCGGUGGUGGGCGGCGCAAGGGCGGGAGCUGGUGACGCGGGCGGGUACACCUGUGUGGCUGCCAACGGGGCGGGCACAGACACCGCCCACUACACCCUUACAGUGGUCCAGGAGCUGCAUGUCACCGCCCAUCCCGCCCACCAGGUGGCUGCGGCAGGUGGGAGGGCGACGGUGGCCUGUCGUGUGGAGGGCUCUCCCGUGGCUGAGGUCCGGUGGUAUAAGGACGGUGCCGCCAUCCUCCCGCACGCCCACGGUCACAUAAUGCUGCAGGGGCGCGACACUCUGGUGCUGACGGGCGUGGGCGAGCGGGACGCGGGCGUGUAUCAGUGUGUGGCGGCCAACAGUGUUGGGGAGGCCCAGGCAGCGUCCCAUCUCACCAUCCGAGAUUCGCCGCCCACCCUGCGCCACACCUUCGUGGAGCAGACCCUGAGAGCGGGAGCCUCAGUGUCCCUCAAGUGCACGGCGCUGGGCCACCCGCCGCCCGUCAUCACCUGGACCCUUGACGGCCGCCCCCUGGCACCCGCCGCGGACCACUACGGCGGGCAGCGGGUGUCUCUGGGCUCGUGGGUGGACCCCGCCGGCCAGGUGGUGAGUCAGGUGAACGUGAGUCGCGUCACACACCUUGACGGCGGCCGGUACGCCUGCACAGCCUCCAACGCCGCGGGUUCCACCUCGCACACGUCGCCGCUCAACGUGUACGGUCCCCCCACCGCCCGCGGCUCAUCCAACGUGACGGUGGUGGAGGGCACGGAGGCCAAGGUGUCGUGCCCCGUGGCUGGAUAUCCCUUGGCGGGCGUGACGUGGGCACUACACGGGCGGCCCCUCACACCCACAUCCCGCCGGGCGCCACGCGGGGACGGCACCCUCGUGAUGCAGCGCGUGGAGGCAGAUCAUGACGUGGGGCGCUACUCCUGCACGGCCACAGGUCCCCAGGGCCGCGCAGACACCGCCUCCUUCUUCCUGUCUGUAGUCAAGCCGCCCGUACUAGCUGAGAUAAAGUUCCAGGAAGGUCUAGUGGAGGGAAUGAGACUCUCCGUCACCUGUUCCCUUCUGAGCGGCGACCUCCCAAUCAGUCUCCGCUGGUCCCGCGACGGCCGCCCGCUGCCCCGCGACUCCAGCCUGACGGAGACACAUUCGCAGUUUUUCUCCAACCUGGUCUUCGGGGAGAUCAGGGGACGCCACGCCGGCCGCUACUCCUGCACCGCCUCCAACGCCGCCGCCUCUGCCACCGUCAGCGCCACCAUGCAUGUCCAAGUACCGCCGGCGUGGGUGGUGGAGCCCCAGGACGUGGCGGUGGUGGGCGGGGGAGAGGCGUCCCUAGAGUGCCACGCUCAAGGCACGCCCACGCCCACGCUCACCUGGAGGAAAGCCACAGCAGGUUACGGGGUCAGACGAGUGGAGUGUGGUGCGCGGGGACGGCUGGCGGGUGAGGCUGAGGCGGCCGGGUUCCCUGUCCAUCCGUGAUGCUCGAGCUGAAGACGCCGGGAGAUACUUGUGCCAGGCAGAGAACAGCGUCACUCCGCCCAUCUCUAAGACCAUCACCCUCACUGUGCUGGGUGCGUGUGUGUGUGUGUGUGUGUGUGUGUG